CGUGUCAGUGCACAGUCUGUGUGUGGUACAGCAAGCGUUGGAGAAACUGGGUAAAUCGAAUGCAAGCAAUUGCUUCGUUACAACAUCCAACUUUUCUACGAUUUAACAUCUUUUAACUUCCGAAAUUGUAUUUGGAUUUACUAGAAGACUCGUCAAUAAUUGCAUUAAGCCAAGAAAGGAUUUCUUGGAAGUUUUAUGCGGUCAACAACGCGUUCUAAUCGACGGCUCUCCGACGUCGGAUCGGAAAGGCAUUGUCGAGGCAGGUCGUGCGGCGCCACGAGAUCACCGAAGUUCCAAAGGGCUCGGCUGGGACAAGGAUUCCAUGUAACCAGCGAUUACUUUUGGAUCAUUUUUUCAUUCUCAUAAGGAAGGUUACCAGCCGAGGAUUGUGAAAAUUCGUUCAACAGAGGGAUUAUUGCCGUCGUAGGGGAGGGGAAUCAAUCGAGACAAAGGGAAAGGGGCUUAAAAUCAACAUUAAAGAUCGAGAGAUCGGAGGGUCGAAGUGUUUUCUCCGCCGCGGAGGAUUGGCAUUGUCCGACCGCUUGUGCGCACAGGGAGGGGUGGCGGACUAUCGCACAUCUACUCGGAUUACUGAAGUAUCCCCCGAUUUCCCUCAAAAAAGGAUACAUUCAAGAUGUAUCCACAGGGCCGGCAUCCGGCACCACACCAACCAGGGCAGCCUGGCUUCAAGUUCACCGUGGCCGAGUCCUGCGACAGGAUCAAAGACGAGUUUCAGUUCCUGCAGGCCCAGUACCACAGUCUCAAAGUGGAGUACGACAAACUGGCCAAUGAGAAGACAGAGAUGCAGCGUCACUAUGUCAUGUACUAUGAGAUGUCCUAUGGGCUGAACAUUGAGAUGCACAAACAGACUGAGAUUGCUAAACGGCUCAAUGCAAUUCUCGCACAGAUCAUGCCUUUCCUGUCACAAGAGCACCAGCAGCAGGUCGCUCAGGCUGUUGAGCGUGCCAAGCAGGUCACGAUGACUGAGCUCAAUGCCAUCAUCGGGCAACAGCAACAUGCUGUCUACCCAGCCUUCAUGCAACAGCAGCUCCAGGCUCAGCACCUGUCCCACGCUGCCCACGGUGGGCCACCCAUCCAGAUGCCCCCGCACCCCUCGGGCCUGCAGCCCCCCGGCAUACCCCCCAUCCCGGGUGUGGCGGGCUCCGGUCUGCUGGCGCUGGGAGCCCUGGGCAGCCAGGCCCACCUGCCCUCCGUUAAGGACGAGAAGAACAACCACGACCUGGAGCACAGAGGCCUGUCAUCCUUUCACUCCCCCCUGGCGAUCCCUCUGGUAAAAGAACGAGAGUCGAGCACGAAUAACUCAGUGUCUCCGUCGGACAGCCUGCGUGCAGCCAGCGACAAACACCGUAGUUCCUCUGAUUACAGCAUGGACUCCAAGAAACGCAAGGUGGAGGAGAAGGACACUAUGAGCAGAUACGAUAGCGAUGGAGACAAAAGUGACGACCUCGUCGUGGAUGUGUCCAAUGAGGACCCAGCCACUCCCAGGGCGAGCCCUGCCCAUUCUCCUCCAGAAAACGGUCUGGACAAAUCACGGGCCCUAAAGAAGGACGCCCCCAACAGCCCCGCCUCCGUGGCCUCCUCCGGCAGCACGCCCUCCUCCAAAGCCAAGGACCACGCCCACAAUGAUAAGUCAUCCACGCCGGGCCUAAAGUCUAACACCCCCACACCUCGUAACGAUGCCCCCACACCAGGCACCAGCACCACCCCUGGUCUACGGCCCAUCAUGGGCAAGCCCUCGGGCAUGGAGGCACUGGCAGCUCCAGCCCUGCGUACCCCUUUGUCCAUAGCUGGCUCCUACGCCACGCCCUUCGCCAUGAUGGGCCACCAUGAGAUGAACGGCUCCCUGACCAGCCCCGGGGUCUACGCCGGCCUCCACAUCUCCCCCCAGAUGAGUGUGGCUGCUGCUGCGUACGGACGCUCGCCCAUGGCGGGGUUUGACCCUCACUCCCACAUGAGACCAGGCCUGCAAGCCAGCCUCACGUCCAUCUCUGGAGGAAAACCUGCCUACUCCUUUCAUGUGAGCGCCGACGGCCAGAUGCAGCCGGUGCCCUUUCCCCCGGACGCUCUCAUAGGCCCGGGCAUCCCACGCCACGCCCGCCAGAUCAACACGCUGAGCCACGGCGAGGUGGUGUGCGCCGUCACCAUCAGCAACCCCACGCGCCACGUCUACACCGGCGGCAAGGGCUGCGUCAAGAUCUGGGACAUCAGCCAGCCGGGCAGCAAGAGCCCCGUGUCCCAACUGGACUGCCUGAACAGGGACAACUACAUCCGCUCCUGUAAGCUCCUCCCUGAUGGCCGCACCCUGAUUGUGGGUGGUGAGGCCAGCACGCUGACCAUCUGGGACCUGGCCUCUCCGACGCCACGUAUCAAGGCGGAGCUCACCUCCUCCGCCCCCGCCUGCUACGCACUGGCCAUCUCCCCCGACGCCAAAGUCUGCUUCUCCUGCUGCAGUGAUGGGAACAUCGCGGUCUGGGACCUGCACAACCAGACCCUGGUCAGGCAGUUCCAGGGCCACACGGACGGAGCCAGCUGUAUUGACAUCUCCCAUGAUGGGACCAAGCUAUGGACCGGAGGUCUGGACAACACUGUCCGCUCAUGGGACCUGAGGGAGGGACGCCAGCUCCAGCAGCAUGACUUCACCUCCCAGAUCUUCUCUCUAGGCUACUGCCCCACAGGGGAGUGGCUGGCAGUGGGCAUGGAGAGCAGCAAUGUGGAGGUUCUCCAUCACACCAAGCCUGACAAGUACCAGCUCCACCUGCAUGAGAGCUGUGUCCUCUCGCUUAAGUUUGCCUACUGUGGUAAAUGGUUUGUGAGCACGGGGAAGGACAACCUCUUGAAUGCUUGGAGGACUCCGUACGGUGCCAGCAUAUUCCAGUCAAAGGAGUCCUCUUCCGUCCUGAGCUGCGACAUCUCUGCAGACGACAAGUACAUUGUGACGGGCUCCGGAGACAAGAAGGCCACAGUGUACGAGGUGAUCUACUAGAAACACCAGUUUGACCCGUCCUACUGUCCUGACGAGGGGAGCUGCUAGCCCCUCCUCCUCCUCUUACGUCACUCAUCACACCCCCUAACCUCAAAGACCACCAGGGAUUGGACUACAGACAAUGUCGGCCGAUACCACUCCCGGAUUGGUGCUCAGAAGGCACUAUGAACUGCGAUUGGCAGUUGACCUGGCUAUGAUUGGCUAUCGGUGCAGACUGUAACCCUAUGGGCACUGAAGAUGUAAAUUGUCUUGCUGUUUUUUAAUCUGUUCCUGGGCUUGUUUUUUUUGGAGGUUUAUUUUUUAACGUGAUGAAUGUUUCUGUAAUGUGACUGGAUGAAGCGGCGCUUUGUCUUUAAAACAGUUGCUCCCUGGACGUCUUGUGAAAAUUGUACAUAAUGGAGUAAUAAAGACAUUUUAUAUAUAUAUAUAUUAUAAAUAUAUAUAUCUAUUUUCAUGUCCUGGUGUACUUGUGACGUUUUUGCUUUCGGCCUCUCCCUUCUGCUUGAUAUUCAAGGGAGAACAGAAAGUAGAAUAAGCAUUCUUUUUUCUUUUUUUUUAAGGAUUUAUUUUUUGUUUUGGGGGUGUUGAAGCGUGUUCUCCAGGCUGACCUUUUUCUAAAUCAAAUGGAAAUGUCUCUCCAAAAACUAAAUGGUCAACCAGAACACUUUGUGGAGAUUCAAAUGUGAGUUUUGGGACGGUGCCCUUUUUUUGGAGCUACGAAAAUGUCUGAGAAGUGGAGCCUGCCGGCUCAGGCAGAGCCACGGAAAUCCGUGGAAUACCACAGGACCCCCGCUUGGACCGGCCUAUCAGAGGAGACUGGGGGAUCAGUGAGAGGAGGAGAACAAUGUAAAUUAAAACGAUAUUAAAGAAACUAACUGUACUACUUUCUCUGUGCUCUUUUUGACCCGUCUCUUUUAUGUCUUGGAUUAUUUUUUGGGUGGUCUGGUUGAUGUUUAUUCUAACGAUGGACUUCAAAUCUACUGGAUUAUUACUAAUACGGGGUGACAAACCAUGCUUUGGCUAGCCUGACACAAUCUGAACAUUGAGUCUGGACCUGAAUCUUGCCGAUGUAGAACAACCCACAGGGUCAUCUAGACUGGGGGUUAAGGAGAACCUGCUUCUAUGGAAUCCAUUGAUUUGAUCCUCUAUCCUCAUUUAUCAGUACAUCAUCUUGGACUAACCCGGACUUGGAUGGAAGUCAACCAAACUAUUGGAUUCCACUCUAAUGAUAUACAGUGCCUGUUAAGUGCUAGGGUUGGCUAUUAGGAUCUUUCAUAAUGUAAAACAGAAGUUAGCAUUGUGACCAGCAUCUACAUAAUGUUCAGUACCGAGUAGGAUGAAGUUGCCCCUAGACACUGAUCUGUUUUGUCCCCAAAUGGUGCUGAGGGUAAGAUGCUCUGUGUCUAAGUGGAAUUUCUUCUUUCACCGUUCAGAUAUUGGGGUGAACACUCAAAUUCUCCACUGCGCCCCAAUACCUGCCUUUCCUUCAGUCAUAACGAGGGGUGAAAUGUGUGGGGUGAAAUUCACAACCAAAGUAUGUAGCAAAACUGUGUCAGCACUGAACACAAUGUACAGCUGAUGAUAAUUCAAUAAACUGUUUUUUUUUGUA